CGCCCUUCUAAACAUCACACCACUCCUUAAAAUGAAAAAACAGCACAGCAGCAAGCUGUUUGUUUGAGGCCAAAACCCUAAUCGAAUCAAUCUAUUACCGCGCUAAUUCACCAAGUCCUUAAUCCAAACUUGCAGAGCAGAGCUUCCAGGAUGAUGACCGAGUCCAAAAUAGGAUCUGCUUUCCAGGAGGUUGCUGCAGCCCCCGUUGGCGAUGCUCUCACCUCGCCCCUGGGAAAAGCUGGCAGAAGAAAAGCCGAGGAUGCUGAUAUGGUUGAUGAAGAGAAGGUUGAUUAUCUGAAUGCGCCAUUGGCCGAAAUUGGCUGUUUAGAUUCAGACUUAGCUGGGGAUGGUAGUGCUUUGGAGGGUGAUACUAGCGGUUCAAAGAAGACACCUGCAAUUGCGCCAGAGGAUGAGAAUUUAGCUUCAGAUAAAAAGAUUGAAAGAAAUGAUGUUUCUAAUUCAUCCCUUGGAGAUGAAGCCAGUUUAGAUGGGGAUGUUGUUGAACUUGUUGAAGCUUCUCUUGCUCCAACAGAAAAUGAUCCUCCAAAUGAUGUGAAGGAAUCCAGCGCUGAUUUGGAGGAUAAGACAAUCAAAGAAGAGCCACAAAAGAAAAAGUUCAAAACUAUGAACUGCAGUAGCUUUGAGGCGUUUCCUAAAGAUGAAAAUUCAUCAGAGGAACAAGAGAAAAUUACUUCUGCAUCUCCCAUGAAAAUUGAUAUGGAAGUAGAAAUGACUGAUGCUGCAAAAACAGCCAAAAAUGCAGAUAAUGUGGGUUCCCUACUCGAAAAUGCUCCUGAAAUCCCUUCCUCACCCAAAGAACAAAAAAGGGGCCCAAAAUCUGUGUUUGUUGGGAAUUUAUCCUUCUCCAUUGAGCGGGAUGAUGUUGAAAACUUUCUUCAAGCUGCUGGUGAAGUUGUUGCUAACCACUUUGCCAUCAAUUCAGACGGAACCUUCAGGGGCUAUGGUUAUGUUGAAUUUGCUUCCUCUGAAGCAGCAGAGAAGGCUGUCAGAGAAUUGAAUGGUAAGGAGUUGCUACGUCGUCCUGUUAAAAUUGAUUUUGUAAGGGAAAAGAGCUCACUCAACCCUUACAGAAGUGUUCAAGACACAAAAUCCCACAAGGUACAAACAAUAUACAUUCGUGGAUUUGAUAAACAUGAUGGUAUUGAUCAGAUUAAGAGAUCUCUGGAACAACAUUUUGGUCUUUGUGGCGAAAUGACAAGGCUUACCAUUCCAAAAGAUUAUGAUGGAAGCAUUAAGGGGAUAGCGUAUAUAGACUUCAAGGAAAAAGAUGCCUAUCACAGAGCAUUGGAACUAGAUGGAUCAGAAAUUGGAGGGAAUCCCUUGGCGGUGGAGCCAGCCAAGCCGAGGCCCACUAAUCAUGAUAACAUCAGUGGUGGGAGAUGGGCUGGUUCAGGUUUUGGUGGUAGAUUAGGUGGUAGUGGUGGCUGGGGCUUCGGUGGUAGAUUUGGUGGUGGUGGUCGAGGUUUUGGUGGUAGAUUCGGUAGUAGUGGUGGCUGGGGCUUCGGUGGUAGAUUUGGCGGUGGUGGUCGAGGUUUUGGUGGUAGAUUUGGCGGUGGUGGUCGAGGUUUUGGUGAUAGAUUUGGUGGUGUUGGUUGCAAUCAAGGGUGGUGUUAGAGGGUAGUGAGCGGAGCAUCAAGCAAACCUAACAUGGUUUUUUGCCUUAUAUAGGGACAAGAUCUCGUUCAACAAAGAUGAUUAGUGAUAUAGUAUCGACUAAGAUCCAUUCCUUGCCAGGUUUUGAAGUCAUUUUUUGUAUCUGUUUUUGGGCAGUGGAUAUAACUGAAUCCAUCUGUUUUUUUUUUUUUUUUUUUGUAUGUAGUUGAAUGUAUAGACACCACCUAACUCUGUUGCCACGGUUGAGACAAGAAUAUAGAUGAACAUAUCCAAUACUUAGAUUGAAUGGAUCUUUGUAUCUAUUGAAGUUAUUGUCUAUUAUCAGCCAAUUUUCAACAGCAUUAGUAUGUUGGGACCACAUCUGGACAUGCACCUCUAUGUUAUUAAUGUUUAUCAAAUUACGGGUUUUUCUUAUUUUAUUUUAUAUAUUUAUUUUUAUUUUUAUUUUUUUUUCCUUUCACACGCUGUAUUUGCUCUGUACCAUCUUCUCUCCUGCUCUCCCACAAGUAAGCCAGCAUUCCUUUGAUGAAAAUGAUGAGUAUAUAUUGAGUUUCAUGAUUUAGGAUUUUCUAUAUUUGAAAUUCACUUUUCUUUUGCAUAUGGGGGAAUCUCAUGGUUUUUGUCUAUUUCACUGGAGGUCACUAGCAAACUACAUAAUGAAUAGAGAGUUCUGGAACAAGCUCUACAAGCAAUUAUAUAGGAAUUGUCGAAGGCAAGCAAU